GUUUGACAUUUGUUGAUAGUUUGAGAGCUAGUGAAAAAUGAUAACAUGUUAGUUAAUUCGUAAAUACAAACCUUUGUCUUUCUAGUCAUUCGCGGUCUGAUUUGUCGGACCAAUGAUUCGUCUUUAGAUCGAGGCGUAGUUAACUACAGUACAAGAUGCUACCAAGCAGCAACAGCUAAUGUGAACACAAAUGCUGGAGAAAUAUCGAGCUAGUUAGCAGCAAUUACGCUAUGGUUCUUUUUAUACAUCUGUUAUGGUUUUACUUCUUCUAAAUAAUCUGUGCGGCAUGGACACCGAGGGAAUCGUCAUCCGAAUUAGAACCUCACGCGGGGACAUGGAUUCCGCCGUAGAUUGCCCAUCCAUGCUGAGUUUUAAUGACUUACUGGCAGCCAUCAGGGAUGUAAUGCCAGAAGCCACAAUAACAGCAUUCGAAUAUGAGGAUGAGGUUGGUGAUCGAAUUACAGUCAGGAGUGACGAAGAAAUGAAAGCAAUGCUCUCAUACUACUGCAACACUGUUAUGGAGCAGCGUGUCAAUGGGCUGCUUCCUGAGCCAUUGCAGAUCUUUCCUCGAGCUGGCAAGACUCCCGGGAACCGGAACAUACAUGGCCUGAAGGUGAACACCAGGCAUGGGAACGACAACAACCGGGCCCCCACGCCCGCAGAGACUCUGCCCAACAAUAGCCUGAAAAAGUCCUCGGCAGAACUGAAGAAGAUCCUGACAAAUGGACAGAUAAACGAGCACGACAUCCAGUACCAGGAGCAGCUGGGACACGGCAACGGAGGCACCGUCUACAAGGCUUACCAUGUCUUGGGGAAGAGAGUCUUAGCAGUGAAGGUCAUCCCCCUGGACAUCACAGUCGAGCUGCAGAAGCAGAUAAUGUCAGAGCUGGAGAUCCUCUACAAGUGUGAUUCUCCGUACAUCAUCACAUUCUACAGCGCCUUCUUCGUGGAGAACAGGAUAUCCAUCUGCACCGAGUUCAUGGACGGGGGCUCGUUGGACGUGUACAGGAGGAUACCAGAGCAUGUGUUGGGCCGCAUCGCUGUGGCGGUUGUCAAGGGACUGACAUACUUGUGGAGCCUGAAGAUUUUGCACAGAGACGUGAAGCCUUCGAACAUGUUGGUGAACACGAGAGGACAAGUGAAGCUGUGUGACUUUGGAGUCAGCACGCAACUGGUGAACUCCAUAGCCAAAACGUAUGUGGGGACUAAUGCCUACAUGGCUCCGGAGAGGAUAUCAGGGGAGCAGUACGGGAUCCACUCUGAUGUCUGGAGCGUCGGGAUCUCCCUGAUGGAGUUAGCCCUAGGCACCUUCCCAUACCCACAGAUCCAGAAGAACCAGGGAUCUUUAAUGCCUCUCCAGUUAUUGCAGUGCAUUGUUGAUGAGGACCCUCCUGUACUUCCGAUGGGCCAAUUCAGCGAGAAGUUUAUUCACUUCAUCACACAAUGUAUGAUGAAGCUACCCAAAGAGCGGCCAGCACCCAACAAUCUGAUGGACCACCCCUUCGUCCAGGUGUUUGACGACGGGAACAUGGAGGUGGUGUCCAUGUGGGUGUGCCGGUGCCUGGAGGAGCGCAGGGCACAGCAGGCCCAGGCACACAUGUCCUAGAGGUCGGGUCACGCCGGGACCGGGCCGGGGCCGGGCCGGGUCCUCCUGUGGGGCGUGCCGGGAAGGGUCCAAAUACACAUACACAUACAGUACACACAUGCAUACGCACAGACACAUGCAUACAUGCACACACACACACACACACACACACACACACACACACACACACACACACACACACACACACACACACACACACACACACACACAUGCAUAUGUACACACACAGUACACACACACCUCCCUCCUCUGACACACACACACAACCUUCUUUACAGACGCACACACACACACACACACACACACACACACACACACACACACACACACACACACACACCUGGAGAUACAGAAGAGCAGCCCACAGAAGAUAUGACCACUGAGACCUGAGACCUGAGACCACUCCCUCCUUUCCCGCCAUGCCAAGACUGGAGGCCGUUUUGUCAAAGUCCCUCUAAUGGACCUUCAGGACUUCUAGGUUAGAAGACUUGGUUUCCUCUUAGCAUGACUGACAAUGCGUGAUGAACUUGACUUCCAACCAAACACCUUGUUUUUUUUUCUUUGCCUGUUGCACUGAUUCCCAGUGGCUUGGCUGAGUGAACUUUGUUUUUUUUUUCUUAUUCUGUACAAGGCUUAACAUAAUAUGCGAGGAAUGCGAAAGAGCGCACAUCUGACCCUGUUGUCUUAAACCAAUGGAUCCAUGCAAGGAUGAAUCAAUGAAAUAUUAUUUUUUUGCCAUUUGAAGGGCUUUUUAGGUCGACUCUGACAGCUAACUCAAGCUUUAUCGUAGGCAGCUGUGUGGAGAGACAGUUGAAGCUUCAAUGCCCACAUGCAGAGCAAUGGAGGUUCAACUAGUGCCUGAACUGUCUGUCUCACUCAGGCUUAGGUCCUCUCUCUCUCUCUUUCUCUCUCUCUCUCUCUCUCUCUCUCUCUCUCUCUCUCUCUCUCUCUCUCUCUCUCUGGAGCCCACUGCUGUUUUGGUUAUGUGCCCCAUCACCAAGAGGGAGGAGGGAGGGGAUCAGGGAGUGACUGAGUGAGUCCACUCUACUCCAGUGCCACCAUUGUUCUCUGUAUUUCUCUUUUUGUCUCUCUCUCUCUCUCUCUCUCUCUCUCUCUCUCUACCUAUUCAACCUUCACCACCACCCCAUCCUUCUCCAGCCUUAGACAAGUGCGCACAACUCCAGACGAGAGCAGGUGCAGGCUGGCCUUGAGUGGUCCAGCCACACCUGGGCUGGGACUGACACAGAGAGACAGGGGUGGGGU